AUGCACUCCACAUUCUCUGUUCCAGUCCACCACAUUCCAACAACCUCAGAUCAAGAAAAAAACAAGGAUAAGUUCGAAGAAAUCCUCAACCACCUCUGGUUCAAAGGUAAAAAACCAGAGUGGCUUCCCAAUAACUUUUAUCCUCGAGCUGAUUUAUUUCAACAGAGGGAUGAUCUCAUUCAACAGGCAGAACACUUGUUCUUUCAUUAUGAUACGAACCGAACGUUUGCCAUCUCCAAACAAGAAUUCAAAAUGGCUUUCCAACAAUUCGGUUUGGAACCUACAAAAGCCAAGAAUUUGAGUCGUAUUGUUCAUUCCAGUGAGAAUGGCUUGAUUUCAUUGGAGGAAUUUAUCAACGCCUACAUUUAUGUGAACGGAGGAGGAGAGAUUUGGGACGUGCAGGAGCCCUCUCAAUCCUCUUCGAAUGUAGGCCGAGUCACAGCAAGUAACAUUUCAGAAAUUACUCAUGAACAUGCCUCGCAUCAUAACCAGAAGGGUUCUGAAAUUACAUCAAAUCUGUCCCUGCCUCCAAGUGAUAACCCAUUUAGUCAUCAUCACCAACAACAUCAAUUGCAAAAUGAAGUGCUUAAGGAACACUUAAUUCCCAAAGACUCUGAAAACAAUAUGGAACAACAAUAUCCUUAUCCACAAUACUCGUUUGUUGCAGAUCAGCAAGAUCAACAACAACCGUCACGAAUGUUUAGCAGUGGUCACCCUCAAUUAAAUCCUCAACUCUCAGAGAAGGAUCCAAACGCCAAAUAA